CCAAAAAAAUGGAAUAAGAGCCAACAGUUGUUUGCAAUGAGCUAUAAACAGGACGCUACUCCGCGUGUUAUCAGCUUAAGACGAACUUGGAAAAGUCUUGAAAAUGUCAACAAAAUAGCAAUGGAAAUCCAGGAAAAUAACCGGGAUCGAAAUGGAAGCAGACAGUCUCGCAAAAGAGCCAGAUCAGAAAGCGAGGAUCCCAAAACGAGAAAACAACGGGAAAAAAGAGAUUUAGAAGCAAUCUGUGAUGCUGCCAAAAAACUUAGUGAAGCGUUCGGAAGGGUGGACCGCUAUGGGCACGAUGUACCUUGUAUUCGACCGGUCCGCGAGCUUUGUGGAAAAAUACGAGCCCAGCUUAACAACGAACAUGGAACGUUUAACAGAACUCUAGAACGCCUGUGCGACAAUUUCGUGUCGGGGCAUAAAAAAAUCACUCACUCUGCUACCACUUUAAGAAAUUUGGUCAACUCUGUUACGAGCGACGAAACUGAUUACAUCGCUAAAGUAGAAGACAUGAAACAGUGUUUGGGUCAGUUAAUGGGGAUAGUGGAAACAGUGUUGUUUUUAGAAUAUCGAGAGUUAUAG